AUGAGCAAUACACAAGACCAAGCCAUGGUAUGGCAUCGAACUGAUGUGCUAUCCAAGAAAUUAUCAACGGAAUACUACAACCUCGGUAACUUCCAUCGCACUAUAACCACGACCAGCGCCGAUGCCCAAAUCUGGUUCGAUCGAGGGCUUGUCUGGGCUUACGCAUUCAACCAUCAAGAAUCCUCCCAAUGCUUUGAGCGGGCUAUUAUGGCAGAUCCAAAAUGUGCGAUGGCAUAUUGGGGCAAGGCGUUCUCCCUAGGUCCCAAUUAUAACAAGCCAUGGAAGCUCUUCGAUGGGGAGGACCUUUCGGCUACCACGACGAGGGCCUAUGAUGCUAUUGAGGAGGCCAAAAGAUUCGCGCAUCUAGAAACCCCUGUGGAACAGGCUCUUAUAAAAGCACUCCAGUAUAGAUAUCCACAAAAAGACCCCGUUGAAGACUGUACAAUUUGGAACAAAGAAUAUGCAAACGCAAUGGGAUCGGUGUACAAAGGUUUCCCACAUGACCUGGACGUAAUCACUCUCUACUGUGAUGCUUUGAUGAAUCUCACACCAUGGAGCAUGUGGGACCUGAAAACUGGAGAGCCUUCUCCGGGUGCCCGAACUCUUGAGGUGAAGGAGGCCCUGUCAAUUGCAUUGACUCGUGAAGAUGCGCUCCAACAUCCCGGCAUUUUACACUUGUAUAUCCACCUAAUGGAGAUGUCUCCCACUCCGGAGGAAGCACUACCAAUAGCAGACAACCUGCGUGGUCUUGUCCCUGAUGCAGGUCAUUUGGAGCAUAUGCCGACUCACUUGGAUAUUCUAUGUGGUGACUAUCGUCGCGCAAUAGCAUCUAAUACCGACGCCAUCCGUGCCGAUGAAAAGUUUCUAGCUAACCAGGAACUGGGUCAUUUUUAUAAUCUUUAUCGUGCUCAUGAUUAUCACUUUCGCAUGUACGCCGCCAUGCUAGGUGGUCAGAGCCAGAUCGCGCUGAGCACUGCGAAGCAGCUCACGGCAUGUGUCACCGAAGACAUUCUUCGCGUUAAGUCACCACCCCUCGCAGACUGGCUGGAAGGAUUCAUAGCUAUGCAAGUGCAUCCACUUAUCCGAUUCGGCCGCUGGGAUGAAAUCAUUGCAUUGGAUUUUCCCGUGGAUCAAGAUCUUUACUGCGUUACAACGGCUAUGAUAUAUUAUGCAAAGGGGAUAGCAUUUGCUGUCAAGGGUCAAAUAGUAGAAGCAGAAGAGCUGAAGGAAUGCUUUAUCGCUGCUGUCAACUUUUUGGUUCCUGAUUCUCGGACUAUCUUCAACAAUUCCUGUCGUGAUAUUCUUUCCAUCGCCUUGCAUAUGCUGAAAGGUGAAUUGGCAUAUCGUUCUGGGAAUUAUGACCAGGCCUUUCAAUACCUUCGUGAUGCAGUGGCAAAUGAUGACAAUCUUCCCUACGAUGAGCCCUGGGGCUGGAUGCAACCCACUCGACAUGCUCUUGGGGCUCUGUUAAUUGAGCAAGGUCGAGUUGAGGAAGCAGCUGAAGUCUAUGCUGCCGAUCUUGGAAUCGACCAAUUACUACCAAGAGCUUUGAGACAUCCAAAUAAUGUAUGGGCGCUCCAUGGAUAUCAUGAAUGUCUCAGUAGGCUGGGCAGGAUUGCAGAGGCACGGAUUAUAGAACCACAGCUGACACUAGCCUUGGCUAUGGCCGAUGUACCAAUCCGGUCAUCAUGCUUUUGCCGUCUUCAAUAUCUUUGA